UUAGAAAACUCCGUAAUCCCACAGUGCUCUACUGCAGUUAGCUCGUUUCUUACUCUUUUUUCCUUGAAAAGAAGAUAAGCAAGCGUGGGAGGGGAUCAGACAGACAGUGAAAGCAAUGGACUACACCCACCGGAAACAUAGUCCGCAAUGAAUUAAAAUGGAAGAAAACAGCUGUAUUGCAACACCUUUUUGAUCCAGAAAGUGGGGACACAGUUCAUCUCACGGAUUUGGCAUAUUUGCGCAUUCGGAUGACUUUUGUCUAUAUGUUCAUUUUAGAAAUGUAAAGGUAUGUGGCACGUAAAAGCCUGUCAAUGACGAAAAACGGGAAACUCAAGUGAGUGGCGUCUCCCCCCCUUCCCCACAACCCUUCUACUGCUCCCGGGAAACCAGCAAACGCGGCCAAAGAGAACAAGAGGGGGCAGUGCGGACACAGUCGUAUUGUUUUAGGAUCAUUUUACAUUUUUGUCGGCGAGUGAAAGAAGUCGUGAACAGGAAAGGUCUUGUGGUUUCUUCGUCAGAGUCAGCCGGCAUUCUCGGUUGGGACGCUUCCAUCGUUGAUAAUGGGCGGACAGUGCUGACAUUCCUUUCGGACAGGCCCCUUUUUCUUCUUCCUUAACUGUGAAUCUGCGCUUGUUUGGCAAAGAAAACUACUUCACAUCUUGGCUUUUUACCAUAUCUGUAUUUUUGCCUAGGACCCACUCGAACGCCCGGAAUGAUGCCGACAAUACCUGCAGCCUGACGUCUUAAGACAUUUUUUGACAUUUCCUCGUUUGCCAGAAGGAAGAGGAGGGGAGGAAACUCGGAAUCCACUCACUCUUCAUAUAUGGGCAUCCGCGGUUUACCCCCAGAUAUUAAGAAAUAAAAUAUUUUAAUGGGAUUGGAUUCGUUCAUCGUGUUCCACCGCCACCACCUUUAAUGAGAAGAUGCCGAUUUUCAAGAGGUUACUGCGGGUGUCCAACCGCUCCUUCCUGGCCUUCAUUUUCUUCUUCUCCUUAUCGACAUCCUGUCUCUAUUUCAUUUACGCCGCCCCUGGUAUAGCAAACACCUACCUCUUUAUGAUGCAAGCCCAAGGUAUAAUGUUACGAGACAAUGUAAGAACAAUAGGCCACAUGAUACGGUUUUACACCAUCAAAAACAGCACCAUUAAUGGAACAGAUUAUCCAGAUGGCAAUAAUUCCAGCGAGUUAAUUGCUCAGCCUACUACAUAUCUCCCUGAGAAUUUUACCUAUUCUCUAAACCUUCCCUGUCCAGAAAAACUACCUUCUAUGAAGGGACUUAUAGAUGUUAAUAUGACUGAAAUUACACUAGAAGAAAUUUAUCGCAACCUUUCUAAGAAUAUGCAUAUUAAUCCUGCUGGACAUUGGAAGCCUGAUGACUGCCAACCACGGUGGAAGGUUGCCAUCCUUAUUCCCUUUCGGAACCGCCAUGAGCAUCUCCCAAUCCUUUUCAGACAUUUAAUACCAAUGUUGCAAAAACAACGUUUGCAGUUUGCCUUCUAUGUCAUUGAGCAGGCUGGAACUCAACCUUUCAAUCGUGCCAUGCUUUUUAAUGUGGGUUUUAAAGAAGCAAUGAAAGACUUAGACUGGGACUGCCUGGUUUUUCAUGAUGUGGAUCAUAUCCCUGAAAAUGAUCGCAACUAUUAUGGAUGUGGUCAAAUGCCUCGCCACUUUGCUGCAAAACUUGACAAGUACAUGUAUAUCCUUCCGUACAAUGAAUUUUUUGGUGGUGUCAGUGGACUAACAGUAAACCAGUUUUUGAAGAUCAAUGGAUUUCCUAAUGCCUUUUGGGGCUGGGGUGGAGAAGAUGAUGAUUUAUGGAACAGAGUCAAGUUUGCAGGAUUCAAUGUGACGAGGCCUGAUGGGGACCUGGGAAAAUACAAAUCAAUUCCUCAUCACCACAGAGGAGAAGUUCAGUUUUUGGGCAGGUACAAAUUAUUAAGGUACUCAAAAGAGCGGCAGCACCUUGAUGGUUUGAACAACCUGAACUACAUACCUGAAAUAAGAAUACAUAGUUUAUAUAAAAAUAUUACUGUGAACCUCACUCCAGAACUAGCGCCAAUUGCAGACUAUUGAUCCUUAUUAACAUGCAACCUUUUAAAGAAGCUAUUGGAAUCCAUCUCAGACUGCCAUCCAUGGUGGUUUAUAUACAAAAGCAUGGUGCCACUUUGCCAAGUUCCUCUUUUAUUAUUCAGAUUUUUAUUUAUUCUGAAAUGUAUAUAUUUAAUUUGUAUACACGUACUAUGUUGAACCCAUUUAAUUGAACAUUUGAUUGUGUGUAUAUAUCACACCAUGACAACCCACCAGUGCUGACCUUCACAGUUCAAGUCACUUUUUAGUUUUAAAGAACAAGGAAGUAAGCAAACAAAAAAGUAAUAUGUUUACGGCAAUGCCUUAAGUAAUAAAUCAGGCUUUAUAUCACUAUCUCUUAUCAAAAUAAGCCACACUUCUAAGUCUAAUUGUACUGUCUCUUAUAUUAAAUAUUGACCGUACAACUUAAUGAUUUUACUCCUAAAUGCUUGAGGUAAUUUUUUCCUUUUU